AUGGUCCAAGACAUUGUGUUUGUCACAGGCAAUGCCAACAAAUUGAAGGAGGUGCAGAUGCUGCUCUCCGGUAGCGAUAUCAAUCUUUCCAACGAGCCACUUGACUUGGAUGAAUUGCAAGAUACCGAUUUACAAAAAAUUGCCGUAGCGAAAUGCCAACAAGCCGUCCAGGUACUCGGUGCAGGGAAACCAGUGUUUGUCGAAGACACAGCCCUAACAUUCCAAGAAUUCAACGGGUUGCCGGGAGCGUAUAUCAAAUGGUUUUUGAAGUCGAUGGGCUUAGAGAAAAUUGUCCAGAUGCUGGACAACUUCCCAAACAAGUCUGCACAAGCUAUCACGACCAUUGCAUAUGCGGACAGCGAAGGCAAAAUCCACGUCUUCGAGGGUAUUACUGAUGGGAAGAUUGUCCCGGCAAGAGGGCCUACCGCCUUUGGAUGGGAUCCAAUCUUUGAACCCUUAGAGUCACACGGCCAGACCUACGCAGAAAUGACCAAAGAGGACAAGAACGUCAUCUCCCACAGGGGCAGAGCGUUUGCCAAAUUCAACCAAUUCUUGAGUGGCAAUUGA